AAAAGCGCAAAAAAAUGAUAACAAAAAACGAAGAAACUAUUGUAGUGCCGGAACACUUGAAUGAACAAUUUUUCGUCAAUGCCCUUGAAGAAGGUUUACGUGAAACGAAAAUUGUCGUACACGAAGUGAACUUUGCCUGGGGUAGUAAUCCCGGUGAUAAUUAUUGUUCGAGUAUUUAUCGUGCCGUGAUUACUUAUGACAGCUAUGGUGACAAUCCGGUGAAAAAUGAAAAGAUUUCUUUGAUUAUUAAGACCAUUCCCAUUACACCCGAAACACAAUUUCUCGAAGAUGUGGCUGUGUUUGUGAAGGAGAAAUUAACCUAUACCGAUGUGUUGCCACGUUUGUCCAUACUCAGUAAAUCGGAUGUGUUUGGAGCAAAUUGCUUCUAUGCCAUCAAAAGUCCCAUGCAAACAAUUGUCUUCAACGACCUGACAGUUGAGGGUUUCAAAGUUGCCUCCCGCCAGGAUGGUUUAGAUUGGAAUCAUUCGAUUUUGAUUUUGGAACAAUUAGCUAAGUUCCAUGCCACCUCUAUGGUAUUACUGAAAAAGGAUCCUGCAAUUGCCAAACGCUUCCAACGUGGCAUGUUGUGCGAAGAAACUGUCCUGAAAUCUGAUACAUUUUUCCAUAUGUUUGGAGGCUAUUUAAAUCAAUUGGUUAAAACAUCAUCCACCUGGGAAGGAUUUGAGGAAAUUUCUAAGAAAUUACAAAAAUAUUAUGAUGAUUUUAAAAACAUCACCUAUCGUUUGGGUAAACCCAAGGUGGGUGAUCGUAUUGUGGUUCUCAACCAUGGUGAUUUGUGGACAAAUAAUUUUAUGUUUGGCUAUGAAGAUGACAAUCAACCGAAAACACCAACCAAGGCGAUAUUUGUUGACUUCCAGUUGAGUUUCUUUGGCAGUCCAGCUUGUGACCUGAACUUCUUCCUCAGCACCAGUGUCCAAUACGAUAUUCUAACAACAAAACGUGACGAAUUAAUUGAAGCCUAUUACAAAGUGUUCGCUGAGACUUUAGAAUAUUUACGUUACGAAUCGAUACCCACCCUGGAUGAUCUAAAAUAUGAAUUGCGGUCACGGGAAUUGUACGGACUAUUUGCAUUGUUCGGAUUCUUGCCAAUGGUUACAUUGCCAAAGGAGUUGUCCAAUGAUACCAGCAUUGAGGCAUUCACCAAUGAAGAUUAUGCCGCCAAGAAAUUGGCUCUAAUGUUUGCACAAGAGAAAUUGCAAAAGUAUUUAAAAUUCGGACUGCAACGUUUAAAUCAAUUGGGUGUACUCGAUGAAUUUUGA